AUUGACUUGGUUCAUUGACCUUGAGAGUUUGCCGCGUAGUAGAGUGUGUUCGAGUUUCUCAGGAUGUUUGGCGUUCCUGUUCGACGUCUUAGUACCUCUACUUCGAAGCUAACACUUGUACAGCCACCUAUUCAAGUAUUCGGUGUAGAAGGACGUUAUGCUACUGCUUUAUAUUCAGCUGCUACAAAACAAAAAUCUUUAGAUAAAAUUGAUAAAGAUUUACAAUUAAUUAAAACAACAUUUGAAAAAGACACGAAAUUACGUGAAUUCUGUCGUAAUCCAAGUUUACAAAGAAUUAUGAAAGUGAAUGGAAUUAGUCAAGUUUUGGAUAAAUUAAAAGUGAAUGAAGCAACAAAAAAUACAUUUGUUGUACUUGCUGAAAAUGGUCGUUUAUCUAAAAUCAGUUCAGUAAUUGAAAAAUUUGAGCAGAUCAUGACUGCACAUCGUGGUGAAGUUAGCUGUAUUGUACGAACAGCCAAACCUUUAGAUAAAACAUCAGAAAAUGAUCUACGUAAUGCUCUUGGUGGAUUUUUAAAACCUGGUGAAAAGUUGAAUCUUACUUUAGAAACUGAUCCAUCACUUAUUGGUGGUAUGGUAGUUAGUAUUGGUGAUCGUUUUGUUGAUAUGUCAAUUGCUCGAAAAAUUCGUUCUCUACGUCAAAUUAUAGAACAACCAAUUUGAAAAAUUUUAUUAUUAUUGAGUCAGUUUAUGAAAGACCAAGAAAGAAAAAAAGCCACUAGUUAUACAUACAUAUACAUAUGUAUUGAAUUAUUUGACUUGUAGUCUAUUAUAGUAAUUAAUAAUACUAAUUACCUUGGGAAAAAAAGUCUAUG